AUGAAUUCAACAAUAGUUUUCCAGGUUGAAAAUCAUUCAAUCAACUAUAAUUUUUCAAAGAAUAAUUCCACGGUUUUGGCUUUUGAAAUUGAUGAUUGUCAUCUGCCUUUGGCCAUGAUAUUUACAUUAGCUCUAGCUUAUGGAGCCGUGAUCAUUCUCGGGAUCACUGGAAACUUGGCCUUAAUUGUAAUCAUCUUGAGACAAAAAGAGAUGAGAAACGUUACCAACAUCCUGAUUGUGAAUCUCUCCUUUUCAGACUUGCUUGUUGCCAUCAUGUGUCUCCCCUUCACUUUUGUCUACACAAUAAUGGACCAUUGGGUUUUUGGUGAGGCGAUGUGCAAGUUGAAUCCUUUUGUGCAAUGUGUUUCAAUCACUGUGUCCAUUUUUUCUCUGGUUCUCAUUGCCGUGGAACGACAUCAGCUGAUAAUCAACCCACGAGGGUGGAGACCAAAUAAUAGGCAUGCUUACAUAGCUAUUGCUGUCAUUUGGCUUCUUGCUAUGGCUUCUUCUUUACCUUUCCUGAUCUAUCAAGUCUUGACGGAUGAACCUCUCCAGAAUUUUACCCUUGAUGGCUACAAGGAUAAAUACGUAUGCUAUGAUAAAUUUCCAUCGGAAUUUCAUAGGUUGUCUUAUACCACUCUCCUCUUGGUGCUGCAGUAUUUUGGCCCACUCUGUUUUAUAUUUAUUUGCUACUUCAAGAUAUAUAUACGCUUAAAAAGGAGAAACAACAUGAUGGACAAGAUGAGAGACAACAAAUGCAGGUCCAAUGAAACCAAAAGAAUCAACAUCAUGCUUCUGUCCAUUGUAGUAGCAUUUGCAGUCUGCUGGCUGCCUCUGACCAUCUUUAACAUUGUGUUUGAUUGGCACCAUCAGGUUAUUGCUGUGUGCAACCAUAAUCUCUUCUUCCUGCUCUGCCACCUCACUGCAAUGAUAUCCACCUGUGUUAACCCCAUAUUUUAUGGAUUCCUGAACAAAAAUUUCCAGAGGGACUUGCAAUUCUUCUUUAACUUUUGUGAUUUCCGGUCUCGGGAUGAUGACUACGAGACAAUAGCCAUGUCUACCAUGCACACAGAUGUUUCCAAGACUUCUUUAAAGCAAGCAAGCCCAGUCGAAUUUAAAAAAAAUCAACAACAAUGA